UCCUUUUUAUUUCCCUCCCACUUCCCAAAACCCUUUCCUACAUUUCCCGCCGUCCAAAUCAGCUCAAUUCCUCACUUCGGAUUCGGCGCCAGUUCGGCCAUCGUUGUUUAUCCGGCUCUCUGAACAAUCAUCGCCGACUGGUCAGAAUCCAUAAAAUUACCUUUGUUUCGGGUCAAGGGUUUCUUUUCUCUUGUCUAAAUCGAUAAUGCCGAGCACGCGAAGAGCUUCUAAUCCUAUGAAGGACACUGAUUCGACCAAGAAUCCGACUCGCUCGAGCCAGCGUAAUCGGAAGACAGUGUUGGAGCCUGAAAAUGAUGAAGUCAUCGUUGUCAGUGAAGGAGAGAACAGUGAAGUCUCUCGUGGUGGUAAGCGGAAGGAAAGCUCUGCCUCUGGAGCGGGCAACAACGCUAAGAAGUCAAAACCAAGUGUAGCUAAAAUGACGCCUUUGGAUACCGAGAAUGGUGAAGCUAUGGUCGUUGACGGUACUGAGAACGGCAGCAAAACGACACCAAAAAAUUCGAAAAAGACGAAAACGGAUGUAGCUGUUAAUGAAGACAAGGAGGAAACAAAGUUUUUAGGGGAACCUGUUGAUGACGAGGAAGCCAGACGGCGAUGGCCAAAACGCUAUCAAGGAAAGGGAGCAAAAAAGGUCAUUUCAAAGAGUUCGAAUGGUGACUCUGAAGAGAUCAUUCAAGCUCGACGGCACUAUACCCAGGCAAAAGUUGAUGGUUGUAUGAUAUUUAAUCUUUAUGAUGAUGCUCAUGUUAAAGCUGAAGAUGGAGAAGAUUGCUAUAUAUGUAAAAUUGUUGAGAUGUUUGAAGCAGUUGAUGGAGAUUUGUACUUUACAGCUCAAUGGUUUUACAGGGCUCAAGACACAGUACUUAAAACGUUAGGCCACCUUAUUGACAAGAAGCGUGUAUUCUUUUCACAAAUUCAAGACGACAAUCCCUUGGAUUGUCUUGUUGCAAAGCUUAAUAUUGCAAAAGUAUCUUUGAACGUUGAUUUGGAGGCAAAGAAUAAAGAGAUUCCAAGUUGUGAUUAUUAUUGUGACAUGUUAUACACAUUGGAAUAUUCGUCUUUCACUAACUUGCCCCCAGAAGGGAAAACAAAUGCUAGCGAAGAAGCUUCAUCUACAAUUUCUGAUGACAGCCCAGAUACAGUAAAUGGAGCUAACAGUGGUUCCGAGGAUGCUUCAUUGCUGGACCUGUAUUCUGGUUGUGGAGCAAUGUCAACCGGCUUGUGCCUUGGGGCAAAUAUGGCCGGACUAAGGCUAGUGACUAAAUGGGCUGUGGAUAUAAAUAAAUAUGCUUGUGAAAGUCUCCAAUGGAAUCAUCCGGAAACAACGGUCAGGAAUGAAUCUGCUGAAGAUUUUUUAGCAUUAUUAAAAGAAUGGGAACGGCUGUGUGCUUCAUUUUCAUCGUCAAAAUCUGAGAAUUUGGAGAGGCAGUCAUUCAAUUCAAGUGUAAAUGAAGAUAAUGUAAAUGAUGAAGAGGAAGAGGAAGAUGAAAAUGAAGAUGGUGAUGGUGAAGUGUUUGAAGUAGAGAAAUUUCUUGCUAUAUGUUACGGUGAUCCGAAAGAGAAAGGGGAACGUGGGUUGUACUUAAAGGUUCGUUGGAAGAAUUAUGGGCCAGAAGAAGAUACAUGGGAACCUUUAGAUGGAUUGGGUGAUUGUCGAGAAUGCUUGAAGGAUUUUGUUACAAGUGGCUUCAAAGCAAAAAUUCUGCCCUUACCUGGUGAUGUUGAUGUGGUUUGUGGAGGGCCUCCAUGCCAAGGCAUCAGUGGCUUUAAUAGGUUUAGAAACAAGGAUAACCCCUUGCAAGAUGAAAAGAACAAACAACUUCAGGUUUUCAUGGAGAUAGUGGAGUACUUGAAGCCAAAGUUUGUUUUGAUGGAGAAUGUUGUUGACAUAGUAAAGUUUGCAGAGGGAUAUCUUGGACGAUAUGCUUUGAGUAAGCUAAUUCAUUUAAAUUACCAAGUCCGAAUGGGAAUGAUGGCAGCUGGUGCUUAUGGUCUUCCCCAAUUUCGUAUGCGUGCUUUCUUUUGGGGUGCUCGUCCUAAUCAAAAAUUGCCACAAUAUCCACUUCCUACGCAUGAUCUUGUCCUGAGAGGUGUCAUACCUGUUGAGUUUGAGAUGAACACUGUAGGCUGGGAAGAAGGUAAAAAGAUAGAGUUGGAAAAGAAACUUCUACUAGAAGAUGCCAUUUCUGACCUUCCAUCAGUUGGAAAUUAUGAGGAUAAAGAUGAAAUGGACUAUGACAAAGAUCCUAAAACAGAGUUUCAGAGAUUCAUCAGGUUAAGAAGAGAGGAGAUGCCAGGUUUUUCUUCACUAAAUGCAAAACCAACAAAACAUUUGCUCUAUGAUCAUCGUCCACUUCAACUCAACACCGAUGAUUACCAACGUGUUUGCCGGGUUCCCAAAAGGAAGGGGGCAAAUUUUAGAGACUUUCCAGGUGUUAUAGUUAAUAGUGGUAAUAAAGUCGAGUGGGAUCCUAACGUUGAGAGGGUUUAUUUGGAAUCCGGAAAACCAUUGGUCCCUGAUUAUGCCAUGUCUUUUGUCGGCGGCUCAUCAAGCAAACCAUUUGCUCGUCUAUGGUGGGAUGAAACUGUACCCACAGUGGUCACUAGGGCAGAACCUCAUAAUCAGGCGAUAUUGCAUCCUGUACAAGACCGAGUUCUCUCAAUUCGCGAGAACGCAAGGUUGCAAGGCUUCCCUGAUUACUACAAGCUUUUUGGCCCCGUCAAGGAAAGGUACAUUCAAGUUGGAAAUGCUGUAGCAGUGCCAGUUUCAAGGGCAUUAGGGUAUGCCCUGGGGUUAGCUUACCAAGGUGUAGUUUCAAAUGAUGAACCAUUAACGAAACUUCCUCCAAGAUUCCCUAACAUAUCUGAGAAAGCAUCUUCGGAUUCAUCUCAAGAUAAUUCUUAAACCCCCCCUUUUUUCUUCAAUCUAAUUAAUAUUAGUCAAUGGAAUUGUGUAUUACUUUUUAGAUUUUGAAACUCUAAGAGUAAUUAAAACCUAGUUUAAUGUUCUUCAUUCGAUCCCUUGUUGUACGACUACGUGUUGUCGGUGCUAAUAUUUUUUAAUUGAGUUUUAAUGGUUAAAACCCAUUAGGUAAACUAGUUACUAAA